GUGAGUGUGUGUGUGUGUGUGUGUGUGUGAGAGAGAGAGAGAGAGAGAGAGAGAGGGGAAGAUCCUGUUGAAGACUUCCUGAAUGGGCCACAAUGCCGGAGUGGAGAGGAAGAACAGCAGGAGAAGAAUGAGCCUCCACCAGCACACAGGUGCCCAGUUUCUGUUUUCCCAACUGGAUACAUUGAGAAUGGAUGAGGAUUCUGUUCUGGCAGGCAGGGAUCUUGUCCAGCAUGAAAGUCUGCUUGUGAAAAAGGAUCUAUGAAGAUAACACCGCAAGUCUUCAGCUGAUGCAACUCUACCAGACUUGUCUAUUAGAAAGAAAAGAUCAGCCUAAAGGAGUUUCAUAGAAUAGACAACAUGUGUCAUGUCAUUGUAACGUGCCGCUCUAUGCUUUGGACCUUGUUGAGCAUUGUGGUGGCAUUUGCUGAGCUGGUGGCCAUCAUGAGUGCUGAUUGGUUAGUAGGGGUACACCACCCUUCUCAGUACAAUGCCUCAGCUACUGGACCUCCAGACCCUAACCCACCUACACUUGGCCUCUACAGUCGCUGUAUCCGAGUGUCUCAACAGAAGACGGUUCAGUGUGGACCAUAUGCUGCAGACUUUACAGAGAUUGCGAGUGGAUUUUGGCAGGCCUCCAUUAUAUUCCUGGUUGUUGGAAUCUUCCUGCUGUCCAUAGUUGGCUUCCUCGCAGUCUUUAGCAUGUGCUUUCAGAGUAUCCUGGGGAAAAGCAUCUUUAAUGUGUGCGGCCUGCUUCAAGGCAUAGCAGGUCUGUUCCUGAUGCUCGGACUGAUGCUCUACCCAGCAGGCUUCGGCUGUGAUAAGGUGGUCAACUACUGUGGCUCUGAAGCUUCCCCGUAUAAACUGGGUCAGUGUUCAGUGGGCUGGGCUCUCUACACAGCGAUUGGAGGGACGGUGCUCACUUUCGUCUGCGCCAUGUUCUCUGCCCAAGCCGAGAUCGCCACCUCCAGCGACAAGGUGCAGGAUGAGAUAGACGAAGGCAGGACACUCAUCUGUGUGCUGUGAAAUGUCUAGCUGUAGGAGAAAACGCUUCUCUCAGAGUUAAACGUCUAGUUUACGUUGUUUUGCUGUCACCACUCUGCAGGGCUCAUUGAUAAGGCCAUGAUGUGACACGGUGCUCUCUUUUUGAUACAUUGCUAAGAGACUGUAGCCCAAUGAUAGUUGUAAUGAUAGUAAUAAAACCCUUUACUGCAAAAUUCUUUAGUUCUUUUUUUUUUUUGUUGCCAAAAUUCAAAAUGCGCACAGUUAGUUAUUAAAAAGUAGUAUUUUGAAAAUGUAAUACCUUGAUAAUAGUGUAAACCGUAUAAAAGGUUAGAAUGUUAGGCUAUGAAGUAUGAAGUAUGAAUAUAAGCAGAUGCCUAGUGUGUAUAUCAUACGUAUUAGGAACACUUGCCUUGGGAACAUACUGAGGAGCAUUAUCUGAGGUGAAGCUAAGAUUCUGGAGGGCUUCAUAACCUCAGCACCAAGGAAACCAGCAUGAACAAAUUUCUAUGGCUUCUGAAUUUCAUUUAUUUCUCUUUACGUACUUGUAUUUAGCCCAGAUAAUCCACUUAGAGCUCAAGGCAGCGCUAAUAUUUUGUACUGAUUGUAUCCUACAGUGUUAGAAACAGAGAUACAGUUCCCUGUUCAAAAAGGUACAAAAGCCAUGAAUGCAACAUAUGUGACACAAUAUGGGAGCCCAUUUGCUAAUAUUUUUCUUCAUUUGUUUAUUUCUUUCUUUUCCAGUCAAUCCUGAGGUUACAAGGGUUGUCGUAGAGGGUAGAUCUAAUGCUCCGGGGACACACCGUGUGUCUUUAGAGGAGGUCAAACAUCAUUUAUAUUUAGCUUUAACUAUACUUAGUUCUUUUUAGUUGUGAUGGCAACAGGCAACAGACAUAGUGCAAAAAAUAAUGCUGCAUUUAAUUCUUACCGUUCACACACGUUUAUCAAACUGUUUUGCGCAGGAGCUCAUGCGGUCUCAUAUAACUCUCGCUGCCUUGAUUUUUUUCCCAUGUAUUUGUUAUAUUAACAAACAUAUUUUGUAUAUUUUUAUAUCUGUUGCUGUGCUUUUAGUGUGCAGUAUGAAUUAAAAUUUUAGA